CCGGUGCCCACCGGGGCCGUUACCGGGGCUGUGCCGGUGCCCACCGGGGCUUUUACCGGGGCCGUUAAUGGGGCUACCGGGGCUCUGCCGGUGGCUAACGGCGAUGUUCCUGCGGCUCCCGGGUCUACCGGGGCUGUCCCGGUGCCUACCGCGGCUGCUACCGGGACUCUACCGGUCGUUACCGGGGCUGUACCGGUGGCUACUGUCGGUGUCCUUGGGGCUACCGGGACUGUGCCAGUGCCUACCAGAGUUACCGGAGCUCUGCCGGUGGCUACCGGAGCCGUUCCUGUGGCUAUCGGGGCUCUGCUCGGGGCUACCGGGACUCUACCGGUGGUUACCGGGACUCUACAAGUGGCUACUGUCGGUGUCCCUGUGGCUACCGGGACUUUGCCCGGGGCUACCGGCACUGUCCCCGGGGCUACCGGGACUGUGCCCGGUGUUACCGGCGCUGUUUCUGACAUUACCGGCGGCCGCCGCGUUCAACCUGGACGGGGCCAGCCCGGUGCUCAAGGACGGGGACCGGGGCAGCCUCUUCGGAGCGGCCGUGGCGCUGCACCGGCAGCUGAGCCCCGAGCCCCGGGCGUGGCUGCUCGUGGGAGCCCCCCGGGCGCGGGCGCUGCCCGGCCAGGCCGCCAACAUCAGCGGGGCUCUGUUCGCCUGCCCGCUGAGCGCCGAGCCCUCCGACUGCUGGAGGGUCCCCAUCGAUGGCGGAGAGGAUCCGCAGCGAGAGAGCAAAGAGAACCAAUGGCUGGGGGUCAGCGUGCAGAGCCAAGGGCCCGGCGGCAAGGUCGUGACCUGCGCGCACCGCUACGAGGUGCGGCACCGCGUGCGGCAGCCGCUGGAGACGCGGGACGUGAUCGGGCGCUGCUUCGUGCUGAGCCAGGACCUGCGGGAGCGCGACGAGCUGGACGGCGGCGAGUGGAAAUUCUGCGAGGGGCGAGCGCCGGGCCACGAACGGUUCGGGUUCUGCCAGCAGGGCCUGGCGGCCGCCUUCAGCCCCGACCGGCGCUACGUGCUGCUGGGGGCUCCGGGGACGUACAACUGGAAGGGGCUGCUCUUUGUGACAAACAUUGAGAGCGCCGCCCCCGACCUGAGGGUGUUCCGGACCCCCGAGCCCGGAGAGAGGGUGCCCGGCGCGGCCGCGGACGUGGGGCACAAUUCCUACCUGGGUUCGUGCGUGCCACGCCGUGCCAGGCGUGUGCCGGGCGUGUGCCAGGCGUGUGUCACCCGUGUGCCCCCUGUGUGACCCUCCCGUGCCGUGUGUGACACUCC